AUGAGUUCAGAAACUAGUGAGAUGGUUACUAGUGCGCGUGUCAGUGUAGAUGCAGUGAAUGUGAGUCAGAAUGAGAUAGAGGACCCUAAAGCUGUCGUUCAAGAGACCACUACAAUAGUUGAAAGCCAAAUAAGAGAAGCAGAGAAAGAAGUUGAGCUUGAUACAAAUGAGGAUGAAAUUGAUAAUAUAGUAGACGUUUCAAUUGAAGAUAUGUCAGUGACAGAACGGUUACAAGAAGAACUUCAAUUCCUUUAUGCAUUUAAACAAGAAAGUGCAACCGAUGCCAAGAAGAAAUCAUUUGUAAUACAAUUGGAUGUUGUGAAGGAGAAUAUUAGUGACAGAGAGAAAUUUGGAUAUAUGGCUCUAAUCAAUCUAUUGGCCAGUCAUCUGUCACAAUUUUUAUCGCAGACGUACUCCAAGAGCAAUAAAAUUAAUUGGAGACGUCGUAAUUGGAUCGAGAAAGAGAUGAAAAGAUGGAGGCAUGUACUAAUGGAUAGAAUCUGUAACCAUUUAGAGGCUAGUAAGCAAGAAAGGGAUAUGCUUGAACAACUCACACUUCAGGAUGUUAGUAUGGAAGAUUUAUGCAAUGGAUUAAUUGCAGAUUCUAGCAAUCAAAUGCCAUGGUUUUUAGUAUGCCAUGUAUUCCUUAUGUGCAUUCUCGAUGGUCAUUAUGAUGCUAGAAGUAGAGCAUUAGUGGUCAAGUUUGCCAAAAUGUUGGAAAUAAACCAAAAAGAACUUUCAAUCUUUGAACAAAUAGAACUGGAAAGAAUGGAAGUUGGACCAGUUGCUCUUGAACAGGUUCUAAAGGACAACUCAAUUCAACAUAUGGAUGCACGUCGAGAAAAGACACGUAAGAAGAGAAUGGCAUACGUAGGAUUAGCUGUAGUUGGAGGUUCAGUAGUAAUGGGACUUAGUGGCGGUUUACUAGCUCCUGUAAUUGGUGCAGGUCUAGCAUCUGGGCUAUCUACGUUAGGUGCCACAGGAGCUGCUGGUUUCUUGGCUAGUACAGCCGGUGCCGCAACUGUAACCAUGACAAGUACAGCAAUUGGUGCAAAUAUUGGAGGUAAAAGUAUGGCAAAAAGAAUGGGAAGUGUCGAAACUUUUGAAAUCAGGCCCAUACGAGAGGAGUCGCAAGUACAUGCAACUAUUGUUGUAACUGGUUGGCCACAACUUGAUGAAAAAAAUGAUGGCGAAUUACUAACAAAAACAAUGGGAAAGGAACAUGGGGAUUUAUACCUUUUAAAUUGGGAGCCAGAGCUUUUAGAAAUGAUUCAACAGAAGUUGAAUGCGGCAACUAAGGAAAUGCUUACUGACACUGUAAAAGGAAUGGUAGGGACCCGAAUCAUCACUACCUUAUUCACUGCAGCAUUGCAAUUACCAAUGAUGGCAAGUAAAUUAGGAUAUAUCUUGGAUAACCCAUGGGGUGUUGCCAGUGAUAGAGCUUCUGCAGCUGGGCUUAUCCUUGCAGAUACGUUACUAGCAGGAGAUAUGGGGUUACGUCCUAUAUCAUUGACAGGUGUCUCACUAGGAGCUAGGGUAGUAUACUCCUGUUUAGUAGAACUUUCUAAGCGUCAAGCUCUUGGUAUUAUCGAGAAUGUAUAUUUAGUAGGAGCUCCUGUUGUCUUGAACGAAACUGAAUUGUCCCAGAUACGGAGUAUCAUCACUGGAGAGUUCACCAAUGUGUACUGUGAAAAUGAUUGGACUUUGACUUAUGUUUUCAGGGCAAGUAACACUAGUUUUCAAGAUGUCAUUGGUACUACUGAUGUAGAAUGUGUGGAUGGUAUUACAAAUAUAAAUAACAACAUAAUACAAAAUCAUUCUGAAUACCGCAGUAAGUUCUGGAAGUUACCGCCUUGGAAUAUGAAUUAUGAACCAAUGAGACCUGAAGAUGUUGAAGAUGUUGAAGUGAAUGAUGAAGAUAUUCUAUGA